UGGUUAUACCACCUACUAGAGGCCUCAACCAGCUAUCUGCUGGUCAGCGUUAUCUUCUCUGAGCUGCGGUACACCUCGUGUGAUGGUUGCAGUCAGAGGAUAUAGUCUACUCUUUCUACAUGGUUUUGCUAGGAGCGCAAAUUUAUCCGGGAUAGCUAUACUGCCCAAAACCGGAUGCAUUCUGAAUUGAACAGUAUUGCGUUUUUAAUCAUAUGAUAUUUAAGUAGCCUAAGGAAGAAUUUGAAUCGUUUCCAGUAAGAACGAAUUACAAUACGAUACAUUAUGACAAUCGAGUGAGCAUUUGGUUUUCAUUGAAAUAACUCAAUACACAUUUUACCAGUAUCGCUGCGCCAAUGUACUGUAGUAUCCGCCUUUCAAACUGCUGAAGUACUUCGCUGAGAGACUGGAGCGGAUGUUUCGCACUGAGUAGGUCGCUUUGGAACUCGCACUAUCCACAGAGCGAGCCGGUGAUGAGGGCUGGUCAGGAUUGCGUUAGUUUAUUGGAAAUUCAAAACGAUUUUGGAAUAAUGGCGAAGUGAAAGUAAGGACGCCGAGGAUGCAACAUAUUCUUGGUAGAAUACACGAUGGACAAACGCCUGCCAUGAACGGUUAACCAUUCCCUCUGGUGUGGUGGUCAGAGAUGUGCAGGCUGUGAUUGAUGGGUGGCGCCCUGUGAGUGAACCUAUGGCAGUGAAACCACACAAUACAGAUUCCUUUGUGUGACUCUACCAUGGACCACAUCCUCUGUUGCCUGCUGGUCCUGGGAACCGCAGUGUUGUUGACCCACGCAUGCCCAAAGUACUGUGUGUGCCAGAACCUGUCCGAGUCCCUGGGGACCCUGUGUCCCUCCAAAGGCUUGCUCUUCGUCCCACUGGACAUCGACCGGCGCACUGUGGAGCUCCGGCUGGGCGGAAACUACAUCCUCCGCAUCACCCAGCAGGACUUUGCCAACAUGACCGACCUGGUGGAUCUGACGCUCAGCCGCAACACCAUCAGCUACAUCCAGCCCUUCUCCUUCAGCGACCUGGAGACCCUGCGCUCCUUACACCUGGACAACAACCGACUCAUAGAGCUGGGUCCCGAUGAUCUCCGGGGCCUGGUCAACCUGCAGCACCUCAUCCUUAACAACAAUCAGUUGGGACGCAUCUCGGACCGGGCCUUGGAAGACCUUGCACCCUCCCUAGAGGAUCUGGAUCUGUCCUACAAUAACCUGAGGAGCCUGCCCUGGGACUCAGUCAAGCUGAUGGUCUCCCUCCACCAGUUGAGUCUUGACCAUAACCUCCUGGAUUUCAUCCCUGAGGGGACCUUUACUGAUCUAGAGAGACUGGCUCGCUUGGAUCUCACCUCCAACCGACUGCAGAAGCUGCCCCCAGACCCCAUCUUCGCCAGGGCCCAGGAUUCAGUGAUGAUGACCACUCCCUACGCCCCCCAGCUGUCCCUUGGCAUCGGGGGGAACCCCCUGCAUUGUAACUGUGAGGUGCUGUGGCUGCGGCGGCUGGAGAGGGACGAUGAUCAGGAGACAUGCGCUUCCCCUUCCAACCUGAAGGGGCGCUACUUCUGGUAUGUGAGGGAGGAGGAGUUUGUGUGCGAGCCACCCCUCAUCACUCAGCACACCCACAGGAUGCUGGUGCUGGAGGGCCAGAUGGCCAGCCUGAGGUGCGAGGCCAUUGGAGACCCCACGCCCACCAUCCACUGGAUGGCCCCCGACGACCGUGUCCUUGGCAACUCGUCCCGAACUGUUGUCUACGGCAACGGCACCCUGGAGAUUCUCAUCACCACUUCCAAGGACUACGGUACCUUCACCUGCAUCGCGGCCAACGUGGCCGGGGAGUCCACCGCCUCAGUUGAUCUGUCAAUCAUCCAGCUGCCCCACCUCAGCAACGGCACCGGUCAGGCCUCACAGCCCAAGUCCCGCCUCUCGGAUAUCACCGGCACCACCAGGAUAAGCAAGGGGGUUCCAAAGACCCCCCCGGAGAAAGUGGUCACUGUGUCAGAGGUGACGGCCAUUUCAGCCUUGGUUAAGUGGACCGUCAGCAAGGCAGCGCCCAAGGUAAAGAUGUACCAGCUCCAAUACAACUGUUCCGACGAUGAAGUCCUCAUCUACAGGAUGAUCCCGGCCUCCAGCCAAGCCUUCCUGGUGACCAACCUGGUGUCGGGGACCAAGUACGACUUGUGUGUCCUGGCCGCCUGGGACGACACCGCCACCACCCUGACGGCCACCAACGUGGUGGGCUGUGCCCAGUUCUUUACCCGCGACGACUACACACAGUGCCAGUCUCUCCACAGCCAGUUUCUGGGGGGCACCAUGAUCCUGGUGGUGGGUGGCAUCAUCGUGGCGACGCUACUCGUCUUCAUCGUUAUCCUGAUGGUGCGCUACAAGGCCACCGACCAUGAGGGGGGUGGCAUCGGGGGGAGCGGCAAGCUGACCAGCGUAAGUGACACCCACUCACAGACCAAUGGGGGCCGGCUGGGACAGAAUGGCGUGCCCCUUACCCUGCCCAAACCAAAGGCCAAAGUGACCCUCCAGGAUGAGGUGGUGGAGUUUAAAUGUGGUUCCCUCCAGAGCACCUCGUCCUCAUCCUCGUCGGGGGGCUCGGUGGUCGGGGAGGGUUCCUACAGCCCCAACAGCACCCUGGCCAUUAUGUGGAGGCAGGCUGCCCCCUCUAAGCCCAGGGCAAACCUGGAUCACCUGCUGGGGGCCUUCAACUCCCUAGAGCUCCGGGGGGCCCAGGGCAGGGGAGACCUGGGUGAGCCCUCAUCCAGCAGGAGCACUCCGGUGGCGGGUGGCGAUAGGCCCCACACGGACAGGGAGCCCCUGCUGGGCCGGACAAUGGACUCGCGGCUGAGCCGGCUGCUCAUGUUGUCUCAUGACUCGAAACCAAAAAGGAGCCAGUCGUUUGACAUGGGGGACUGUAUGGAUACAGAUCAACAAACAGACCGAGCAAUGGCCUCUAGCACCUCCACUGCCACAACGCCGGUGUGCAGUUACCCGCGGCGCAUCAGCAACAUCUGGACUAAGAGGAGCCUGUCUGUGAACGGCAUGCUGCUACAGUGUGACGAGGAAGGGGAUAUGGGGGGGAGCAAGGGGACCUUUGACAGCCAAGAGUGGGUCAUGGAGAGUACUGUCUAGGAGAGAUGAGGACUUACUUUGUGUCUUCUAAGACACUGCCCCAGAGAGAUAGCAAUACGCCUCAGUUCUGAUAGACCUCCAUGCUGGAGGAGAAGUCCAUGCCUCCUCCCUCCUCGUCCUGCAUGGAAUUCAUUCAUGUUAAUCUAUUGUGGAUCCUCCAUUUUUGUGACAGAUAUGUACAAAGUUCCCCAAGUGGGUAAGUCGGCUAACGACUCUUGGUGGAUGGAGCUGAUUCGUGGAGUGAGGUUGUUUUGUGUUUGUGUGUGUGUGUUCUCUACAUGGGGAGGGGGAAUGCACAGUAAUGGUCAACUACAAACUACAAGUAAGGCAUGCAAUGAAACCUAGGAAAUGGGAAGCAGGCCUGUUGUUCCUGAGGAGGGCCAAGGUUUCUCUGACACAAGUGUCACGGCUCCUCCUCCUCCUCCUCCUUGUCACAGGCCUGCUCAUAGCCUGUGACACAAGGAACGUGAAACAAAUCACUGUAUUUGUUGACUUGUAAAUUGGCAUAACAGUGAACAUCCAUCUUGUUACUGUUGCUGAGAUGAUGGGCCAUGCAUGGCCCUGGACUAAUACUGCUGUAAGUGAUUAUGAAAUAUGUAAUGAAUUUAAUGUUUUUACAAUUUUUAUUUUGCUGAUCAAACACACAUUGUCUAAUAGUGUUCUUCCCCUCUGUACACGACGGGGCUCUGACUUCAAUAUUUGCAUUAUGAAAAACCUCAAUAUACUGUCAGGUCCAAAAUGAUUGGCACCCUUGAUAAAGAUGAACUAAAAAGACUACACAAAAUAAAUAAUACAAAUACUGAGCUAUAUUGUAUGCAAAAAAAGGACAUUAUAGUAUUUUGUACUAAUACAUUUGCUCAGAGGAAGAGGUGACAUCAAAAUAGAGCUCUUUAUUUACAUACACCAGUGGUGGGUUUGGUGUCAAAUUGAAGGAUAAAUGCAUAAAAGUUCCUCAUACCUAUGAUAAAAUAUGAUGAUGCAUCUUUUAUGUUAUGGGGCUAUUUUGUAUCCACUGGUCCUGUGACCCUUGUUAAGGUCAACGGCAUCAUGAACUUUACCAAAUAGCAGAAGAUUGUAGACAAAAACCUGGUUGCCUCUGCCAGGAGGCUGACACUUUGACGUAACUGGAUCGUCCAGCAAGACAAUAACCCCAAGCGCACAUCAAAAUCUACAAAGAAAUUGUUUAUUGACCACAAAAUCAACAUUUUGCAAUGGCCAUCUCAGCCUCCACUUGAACCUCAUUGAAAACCUGUGGUUUGAAUUGAAGAGGGCAGUCUAUAAGCGCAGACGAAGGAUGUCAAGGAUCUGGAAAGAUUCUGUAUGGAGGAACGAUCUGAGAUCCCUCCCAAUGUGCUCUCCAAUCUCAUAAAACAUUUGAGAAAAAGAUUCAGUGCUGUUAUCCUCACAAGGGGAGGGUGCUGUAGUACUAAAAACAGCGGUGACAAUACAUUUAACCCCUAUCUUUCUUGGAUUUGUUUUAUUACUUAAACAAAAGCCCUUUCCCUGAGUGUAAAAUAAUAUGAUUUAAAAUAUAUAUAUAUAUAUGUUACAUGCAGUUUGUAUUAUUUAUUUUAUACAGUCUUUUUUGUUCCUCUUUAACAAGGGUGCCAAUAAUUAUGGACCUGACCGUAUAUCCAUCCGCAUUUUUUAAUAUCCGCAGAACCAUUUUUUUUCUUAACCCAUUCUGACUGAAUGGUACUGUAUAUAUAUAUAUAUAUACACUUUAUAUAGGCAAUUUAGUUAAAUCAUAAAAAAAUGUAUAUAUGAAAUGAUUUCAUGAAACCACUGUAUUGAAUAUUUGAAUAUUUUAACUUUGUAUCCAGAAUGUUUAUUUGAGGCUUCAUUAAAUAAUGCCAUAUCUGGUUCCUAUCAAGUUGUAUUCAUGUAUAAAGCGAGCAAACAAUUCAUCCUCAACCAUUCAAUUUUUUUUUUAAGAUAGCAAUGUGAAAUGGGUAAGGUCUUAAGUGAAAAUGUAACUGUUAUCGUGAUGUCACUUAAAAGGUUCAUUAGAGGAGAGUCCUAUGAUUAGUUUCAGCAAAAGAACAUGGCCCCUGUUGGCCUCCAUAUCAAUUAACCCAGUAUAGAGCUAACAACCAGCAGGAGUUUACCCUCUCUUGCACAGAAAGAUUAAGCCCUCAGAAAAACUGCAGCUCAACAAGCUCAAUCUUUGAGAGACAAGCAUCCUUCUCCAAUUCCAAGAAACAUUUGUACUUUUUCAUGUACACUACCAUUCAAAAGUUUGGGGUCACUUAGAAAGUUCCUUGUUUUUGAAAGAAAAUCUAAUUUUUUGUUCAUUAAAAUAACACCAAACUGAUCAGAAAUACAGUGUAGACAUUGUUAAUGUUGUAAAUGACUAUUGUAGCUGGAAACGGCUGAUUUUUAAUGGAAUAUCUACAUAUAUCUGCGCACAGAGGCCCAUUAUUAGCAACCAUCACUCCUGUGUUCCAAUGGCACGUUGUGUUAGCUAAUCCAAGUUUAUCAUUUUAAAAGUCUAAUUGAUCGUUAGAAAACCCUUUUGCAAUUAUGUUAGCACAACUGAAAACUGUUGGUCUGAUUAAAGAAGCAAUAAAACUGGCCUUUUUUUUUAGAAUAGUUGAGUAUCUGGAGCAUCAGCAUUUGUGGGUUUGAUUACAGGCUCAAAACGGCCAGAAACAAAAACCUUUCUUCUGAAACUCGUCAGUCUAUUCUUGUUCUGAGAAAUGAAGGCUAUUCCAUGCGAGAAAUUGCCAAGAAACUGAUGAUCUCGUACAACUUUGUGUACUACUUCCUUCACAGAACAGCGCAAACUGUCUCUAACCAGAAUAGAAAGAGGAGUGGGAGGCCCCGGUGUACAACUGAGCAAGCGGACAGGUACAUUAGAGUAUCUAGUUUGAGAAACUGAUGCCUCACAAGUCCUCAACUGGCGGCUUCAUUAAAUAGUACCCACAAAACACCAGUCACAGUGAAGAGGCGACUCUGGGAUGCUGGUCUUCUAGGCAGAGUUCCUCUGUCCAGUGUCUGUGUUCUUUUGCCCAUCGUAAUCUUUUCUUUUCAUUGGCCAGUCUGAGAUGUGGCUUUUUCUUUGCAACUCUGCCUAGAAGGCCAGCAUCCCGGAGUCGCAUCUUCACUGUUGAUGUUGAGACUGGUGUUUUGCGGGUACUAUUUAAUGAAGCUGCCAGUUGAGGACAUGUGAUGUGUCUGUUUCUCAAAAUUGACACUCUACUGUACUUGUCAUCUUGCUUAGUUGUGCACUGGGGCCUCCCACUCCUCUAUUCUAUUCUGGUUAGAGACAGUUUGCGCUGUUCUGUUUAAUCAGAACAACAGUUUUCAGCUGUGCUAACAUAGUUGCAAAAGGGUUUUCAAGUGAUCAUUUAGCCUUUUAAAAUGGUAAACUUGGAUUAGCUAACACAACGUGCCAUUGGAACACAGGAUUGAUGUUGGCCGAUAAUGGGCCUCUGUACACCUAUGUAGAUAUUCCAUAAAAAAUAUGUUGUUUCCAGCUACGAUAGUCAGUUACAACAUUAACAAUGUCCACACUGUAUUUUUGAUCAAUUUUAUGUUAUUUUAAUGGACAAAAAAUGUGCUUUUGUUUCAAUAACAAGGACAUUUCUAAGUGACCCGAAGCUUUUGAACAGUAGUGUACUUAGAUGCACUUACCUGUGUAAUGUAUCUGGAUCUCAUCACCUAAAAUGUUUGACAUUUGAGGGUAAGCAGAUACCUUGCCUCCCUCACCAGUUAUUGGCAUGAGAAAUGUACUGGAAAUUCAUAGUAAACUGUCUGUGUCUAGGAAUUAUCAAACUUGAUUUUCCUUUGUUUGGUAGCAUAAAUUGACAGGUACCAUAAAUGUACAGUGCAAAAUGGCUCUCAACUAUGCUGAAGUUGUUGGCUUUUCUGUAACGUGUACAACUUGCAUGUUUACCAAGGACUAACUCAUGGGCCCAUUAAGAACCUUAUACACUAUCUGUCUUUCCUCACAUUGUGUUGUCUGAAUGACUUUUUUGUGACAUUCUGGAUCAACUGCAUCUGUACAUUGACUCUGUAUAUUGACUUUUUUAUAUAUAUAAUUGAUGGAGAAUGAACAAAAGCUGUACACUAGUGUCUUUAUUUUCUUGGUAGGCAUACAGAAAUAAAGAGGUGCCUCACUGUAUAUUUACAGUAUAACCAUUUAUAUUUCUCAUUUGGAGUUGUAGACAAUGUUUCUGUGGUCAAACAUAUUGUUUAUUGCUACAAAAAUAUAAAAAAAUCUAGAUAAUCUGAAA